AUGAAGAAGGUCAAUUUUGUGUCUGCUGAAGAGAUGGAACCAGUCCAAGAAGGGGAGGAUACACAAUUUGCUGAAGUAUGUUACAUGAGCAAUGGGCAAGGAGGCUACAACAAAGGAUACUAUAAUACAAAGUCCAACCCAGCCAUGUCAUACAGAAACACUGAUGUUGCUAACCCUCAGGACCAGGUUAUCCUCAACAACAGCAAGCUCGAUCGAGUCAAGCUCCACAACAUGGGUAUGGUCCUAAAAACAACUACCAAGGCCCUCAAGGGACUUUUCCUGUUGCUUCAAGGUCAAGCUGAUGGUGUUGUGGAGACAAGCAAGAAGUUGGCUGAUAUCAACUCCAAGAUUGAGAAUCUCAACACAAGAGUGUACUCUCUGGAGAAUCAUGCUUCUUCUGUGCUGCUGCUGCAAAGCAAGGACAACUUCCUGGUAAAGCUGUUCAGAACCCCAAGGAACAAUGCAAGAAUUGAUCAACCUGAAGUGCACGCUACUCCCAUAGCCAUUCACACUUCACCAGUUGAGCUCGCACAACAAGCUCGAUCGGCAGCUCGAUCGAGUCGACUCUUAGCUCGACCGAGUCAGAAAGCAUCAGUCCUCAAACCGACUUUGCUUGAUCCUUACCAGCCAGUUGACCCUUCCUCAUCUCGCCUACUCAGUCAAGCCAUAAGGAAGUGA